AGCAAGCCUCGUGUCGUGUGAUUAACAAUUUUAUUUCCAUUUACCGCAUUUUAUAGUGUAAAAUGAAACGUAAAUUACCCACAAUCAGUUACAAUACUUAUUGUAAGCGUCCAAAAUGGAUUACUUCGAUAUCUAAUCUCCCAGUUGAGAUGCUCAUCGAGGUUUUUCAUAAAUUAUCGGCUCCAGAGCGUCGAGCUAUCCAAACUGUCAACAAACAUGUCUUUUCCGUACUCAACAAAUAUUUUUCUGACGAUAAUUGUCUCGUGAUUUCCGGUGAUUAUGACUUUUCCCCGCAAGGCCUCUUGUAUCGAACAUUCCAGAGUCCUUUGAGGCAAAAACGAAGCUUUUCUCAUAUGAUCAUCAAAUCCCUUCCACUGGAUCGUGAAGAUGCGCUCCCGAUUUCCGAUUUUCUUGAGCUAGUAGGCGACGAAGUGCAGCACCUGAAAAUCGAGGAAAAUAUUAGACGACAUUCCGUCAAAAGUCGCAAUUGGAUCAGCGAACUAAUUUACGAGAUCAUGCCGAAUUUAAAAUGUCUCGAGGUGUCUGAUGAUUUAUUGUUCGAUAAUGUGCAGCUUCCGGCAAGUUUGACCGAGAUCAGAAUGCAAAAAGGACACUUUCGGAUCGAUAAAGUGAGUUCAAUUCGCAACAAGAAGACGAUCACUUGCUUCAGAGCCGCAAAUGUUGUCAUUUUCAUGGGAGAUCUCGAAAAGGAUUGGAUUUCGUCGAUUCUCGAGCCACAAGCCAUUGAAGCGUUCAAGGAAGUGUUAAAUUACAACAAGGAUGGUUUCUUGUCAUUCGAGUCCGCAUUCAACUUUUGCGGAGAGAAAAAGCUAUCGACAGACGAUGUUAUUGGAAUUGGAGUGUACACGAAUGCUUUGACGUUCGGCCAUUGUCAUUUCAAAAAUCUCAACUAUUUGCGACUUCAUCAACUUUAUGGAGGCACAGCAAACAGUACUGUAAAAUCCAAGCCUGUCGGAAACUCAAAAUUGAAGAGUUUGAAAAUUGCAGGAGAGUUCCAACAUUCUGCUUCCAGUCUUGACACCUUCAUACAAAAUUUUCCGGAUUUGGAAUCACUGAAAAUUGCAAGACUUUCGGUAGACAAUGAGCUAUUUGCCAAGAUCUGUCAAUUUAUGCCAAAACUCAAAAAAUUAUCUGUGAUGUCUGAACGAUCUGUGAUCUCCUUGGAAGCGAUGCUAAGUGAAAAUCGCUAUUCAUUGAAAGAUUUGCCCUCGUUGAAAAAGAUCGAGAUCACGACAGAAGAAUUCGAGGUUAAUGAAGUUCCUAAUCGAUGGCCAAGUCUUCCAUAUUUGAAAGAGCUGCGUCUCGAAGGAAGAUGCUUCCAAAAUCAAACAGAAAAAUUCUAUUUAAAAAUAGUUGAAAAUUCGCCAAAUAUCACCAGUUUUCAUCUCGAUUUUAUGGAAUAUUGGGAAAUUGAUGUGAAUCCAGGAAUAUUUUUUCCGAUUAUUUCAAAGUUACAAUUGAAACAUUUGAGUCUUCCUGGCGAUUACUAUAUCACGUCAAAUAAGAAAUUGAUUUCAAAUAUUAUGCACUAUUGCAAAAAUUUGAAGACACUUACUUUGCACGGUUAUUACGGACCAGAUUUCAAGCAAGAACUUGAACUUUUCGCUCAGAUUCCAUCGCUAGAAGUAAUCAACAGCGAAGUUAUGGAACCGGAAUAUAAUAUACGACAGAUGACACGAAAGGACUAUGAGAAUCCCAAAGAGUACUUAAAAACUUAUGUGACCUCAUACAAAGAUCAGCAAGAAUUAUUCGAGCAUUUAACUGACAAUUACAUCCCACUAAAAGAUCAAAUUCAAAAGCUUCCAGAAUUUAAUGCGAAAUUUCCCGAAGAAGUGGAUGAAGUCCGAAAAAUUUACAAUAUCACGCACAAUUUUUUGAAUCUGGAUGAGGUUCAGAUGUGUAAUCUCAUAUAUAAUUGUAACUCGUAUUGAACUGUUGUGAAAAUUCUUUUAUUUCCCAAAUUCUAUUUGUGACUAAAUAAAACAUCAAUUAUUGU